AGUUACACUCCGUUCCUUCCUCAGAAUUUCAAGCCAUCAAUUGGCAGCUCAUAUCCAAAAGUUCUCAUUGUCCAAUGCUCAAAGUAACCUAUUUUAACCCGGCAUAAAACAAUCAUAAAUUUUUAUUUAGAAGAGAGAGAGAGAGAGAAAGGAAACAAGAGCCAAGAACACAACAACGCAAGGAAAGAACAGAGCCCAUGCCCAUCUCCCUCCCCCAUGUAGGCAAGCAGCAAGAAAGCACGCCACUUCCAAGGCCCGGCCCCUCCCUCCCUCCACCUCAUUCGCCCCAGUGAUCCAUCCUCCUCCUCCCAGAACUGCCGCCUGUCUCCUCCCUCCCUCCCUCCCCUCUGUCCUCGCCCUCGCGGCUUAAUCCCAAUUGGGUUGGGUUGGAGGAGCAACCCAAUUGGGGAUUAAUCAGAGGAAGGAAGGAAGGAAGGAAGGAAGGAAGGAAGGAAGGAGAGAUUGGCACUCACCUCACCGGGCCUUCUUGCUUCAUCUCCUCCUCUUCGAUUGGCCAAGGCGCAUCCACCCACAGCUGCCGCAGGAGUAGAAUCAUGAAGCUGAAGAACAGUUUUAGGGAGGCCGAUCCGAUCACCGUGCAGAGCGGCUAUGGCUUCAGGCCAAACCUACCAGCUGUUGUUCAUCAGACAAGAUGCAGAUGGAUCAUUGGAGAUGUGACCGAGGUGUUUGAUCAUAACACAUGGAAGCUUGGCAAAAUCGCAAAGAUCGUGAAGAACGAUUACUUUGUCAUCAGGCUCGCCGACUGCAUCCAGCUCAAAGAGUUCCACAUUUCUAGCAUGAGGGUUCCACUUGCACUUGAUACCCCCACAGCUCCACCUCCACCUCAUGGGAAGCAGUUUCCUGCAGCUGAUAACAAGGUGAUUCGAAGGGGCAAGCAGCUACCUGCGGAUGUGCUGAGAAGAUCAGGCAAGAAGAGGAGAUCGUCCGAAGUUCUUGAUUUUUCUCCUCGGCCAAGCCAGAGAAGGCUCUUCCAGGUGGCCAGGGAAGAGGCCGCCGCAGCGGAGUGCUCGGUGGCCAGCUGCAGCGCGGCGAACGACGACGCCGGCGUCGGCGUCAGCGUCAGCAGCGGCCGGCACGGGGGCUGCUGCUCCGUGGGGCGCGGCGACGCCCAGUCGCGCGUGGUGGCCGGCUCCCCGCGCGCGGCGUGGUCGUCGUCGGACUCGGAGGGCGCGCUGAGCGACGGCGGGCCGGCGGGGGUGGACGUGCACGAGCUGGAGCUGGAGGCGUACCGGUCGACGGUGCGCGCGCUGCACGCGUCGGGGCCGCUGACGUGGGAGCAGGAGUCGCUGCUCACCAACCUGCGCCUCUCCCUCAACAUCUCCAACGAGGAGCACCUCCUCCAGCUCCGCCGCCUGCUCUCCUCCUGAGCCCGAUCCUCGUCGCCGGCCACCGCUGGCUCGCCGACGGCUUACUCAUCAUCACUCAUCGAGGUGACUCCAGUCCAGUCGAGAGUCCAGACGGAGGAACACCGCAGGGUGCCGCGAAAUAAUGGAGGUCGAUGUGCCACGGAGCUCUCUGUUUUUUCGUUUCGGCAAAAGAGAAUUUUGUUUGUUCGCCUUGUGUCGUAGCCGAUGCGGCAGCAGCAGGUUGAGCGUCGUCGUAGAGAGAGCUCUGCAGCGUACGUCGUCGUCUUCCUCCAGUCCUCCAGUAGCAUUGGGCCAUUGGCUCUCCUGAAUUACUACGACUAGUGCUGGCCCUGCCUUCUCUAUCUAUGUAAAUGUAAAUCCAUCUACUCAACAGUUUUCAAGAUCAUCUGUCAACUCACUGAUCUGCUCCAAGAUUAUCAUUACUUCUUUACUUCAA